GGACCAAUGGCUGUGUGCUACAGCUGGACAAACGCGGCCGCGACGCAAUGUUUUUCAGUCUCAACAUUUAGGCAGAAAAAAAAACAGUGUUUGUGUCCGUUUUGUAGCCAGUAGCGCGACAAAUAUACACAAGGGGACACGUGUUUAUUUGCCUUGUUGGAGACAUUCGGAAAAAUACACGUACUACGCGGUUUUCUUGUGACAUCCGGUACCGGAAAAGAGACGUUUUCCUCCCCCAGUACCGACAGCUUGUUUGCGGAUCCCCCCACUACUGCUACUUGAAGUUGUGCGAGCCGGCUGAGAUGAGCGGUCCAGAGGUGGCCAAGACACCGGGAGGCGGCGCUCCGGGCAAAGAGGGAAAGGAGCCGGUGGCCAAUGGGCAUUCGGGAGAGGGCAGCGACGCCAACCCAUUCGCCGAGUACAUGUGGAUGGAGAACGAGGAGGAGUAUAACAGACAGGUGGAGGAGGAGCUGUUGGAGCAGGAAUUCUUAGAGCGCUGCUUCCAGGAAAUGCUGGAGGAGGAGGACCAGGAUUGGUUCAUCCCUUCGCGUGACCUCAACAACCAGGGGGUGGGGCAGCUGCAGCAGCAGCUCAACAGCCUGUCCGUCAGCGAUCACCACAACCUGGAGGAAGUUGCGAGGAAGAGCAUCUUGAAUCCCGAAGCAAAGGAGUUUGUUCCGGGGAAGAAAUACUAGGAGUCCCCCUCACCCCCAUGGAGCCUCCACACACACAAACACAACACACACCAGUCCUCACACGUUCUCAGAGACUCUGGCGGCCAUGAUCGCGGACACACUGAUUCUCACACAUACACACGCAAACACACACACAUGUACACUAUACACAAUUGAAGUCAGCGGCGUGCUGGAAGGCCCAGUUGGGGGGUGGGGGGAUUUCUUUUUCUUUUCUCUCUUUUCUUUGUUUCUUUAAUCUUUUUAUUUCCCGUUUGUUUCUUGUAAACUGAGGGACAUUGGGAACCGGGGUGGGGGAGGGGUGUGAUACCAGAACCGACCCACUGCGGGUUCUAGCUCAUCAUUGCAUUUCAGAUGACGCCGCUGAUGUUUGCAGAGUUUGCGGAGCUCAUCGAAGUCCCCCCCCAUUUGAAGUGAGGCAGCUACCAAGGAGUGAUGCAAGGGUGAAAUUUAUAAUCCAAAACAUCGAAAUAACAUGAAUUCACACGCUCCUAAAUUUUUUUGUGUGCUGUCAAAUUGGAUAAACAACAUACGCCCUGCAGUAAGUUCAGGGUUUCCAUGCCAGUGGGGUUAGAGAAUGACUAACACUUCAGGGGUCUUCAUGGGUGUCUGCUGCCGCUCUGUGGAGUCAUCGUGCUCAGUUUAACCCAACAACGAUUGCUCCUAUGACAUCAUAAGCUCCCUGUGACUAGAUGCGGGUGGUCAUUUGCCUCUGCAGCGGCUCCGUUCCAUACCAAAUACAGACCCCGCCCUCCCCCGUGCACCUGUGUGAUCAUGGCGCGGAUGGGGCGUAAUCAUGGAUGAGUUAUGUUUUUCCCAAUUUAUGUGGAAGUCCAUGUUUAACUUUUGUCCAGCUGAUAAGAACAGAGGUGUGAGUUCCCCCCCUAUCCUGCAUCAAGUGGAGUUUAGCAAGGAAAAUGUCAAUAUAGAGGGAUUUUUGAACCUUUAAAAAAUAUUUUAGUUUGUGUUCACCGUUUCAGUCAUUGGUUCUGUUUGGAUUUUAUUGAACAACAUUUAUUGAACAACCUUGUUCGAGGGGAGUGUUUGGUCUGGAACACAGCCACUGCCUCUUUUCUGCCAGAACAACUUGGUUUGUCCAGCGACAGACCAAGUGUCCAUAUCCAAAUCAGGUUUUCAAACAGCCUCUCCUCCUCUUUUCUUUUUCUCUUCAUGUUUUUGAGGACGAGGCGUUUUGUGUCUCUACUGGGUACAGUAGCCUGUGGUGUCCGUUCAGUCCCAUUUGUAGGAGGAAACGUUAGGAGGCAGUAUUGUCACAGCCAAUCAGAAUAAAGCAGGAUGGGACAUUGGCCGGCAACAUGGCCUCCUCGCUGUUCCUUCACUUUGCAGGUUGACUUUUGAGGAAGUUCUUCCGUUUAACCAUUGAUUACUGUUGUGGACUGGCUUUCCCCAGAAGCAUCACCUCUUAAUUGUGAUUCGGUAGGAAAAAGUUGUACAUCGGAUUUAUGAUUUUCAGGAAAGCCAGGUUUUUAUUAACAGUAAUCAUAAAUAAAUGAAUCAAUUUUUUGUAUUCUUGGCCGGCUUGGCUCGAAAAUUUGGAGGCAGUGUUACCACGGGGGUUAAACCUUGUGACCAGAACAUCAGUCCUCCGCAUGCCACUGUUCAUUUGUGGUAUCAACAGUGACAUCGAUGUCUUGCGUGGUUAAGUAGACGCUUGUGCACUUGUAUAUUUAGUGUCCGACAGGUGAACGCACUUCUGUGCGUCCAACCCCCGCAGAUUUUUCAAGUGCCCAAGUGUGUAUUCAGCCGAGCAGCAGAGACGGUGACUAUGUGGUUAAAAAGGAACUUCCUCACAGUGUUGGACCACAGGCGGUCGAACGGCACCCUGGUGAAGCCAAUAGGAAUGUCCGCCAGGUGGAUUGUACAACAUGAAAUCAUUUUUGGUGAUUUUGUUUGAGUUAGAUGACAGAAGCCGUUUAAGAAAAGAAAAAGAGGUCCAGAAGACACAGAGUAUGAAUUUCAAUACAAAUAAAAAUAAUGAAAAAAGAUGAAUAAAGAUGUUAAAGACA